UUUUAUCAUUGAACGCAGCUAAAACCAAACCAAAUUCAAUUCAUGGUUUGUAGUGACGAAUUGUUGAAUUAGCUAUUAUAUUUAGUGGAUUUCUACGCCUUUAGAUACAAUAAGUGAAUCGCAUAAUUUGUAUUCUAGUUAUAAAUAUCGAUAGAAUAAUGACGGACGUUGCGAAAAAGGUGCAGGAGUACAAAGAUUCUCUCAAGCAGAAGGCCGAGCAUUUAAUAAUAAAAGGCUUCCCUGAAAAGAUAGUGAAGUUGAAUGAACUUCUCGAAACGUCAAAUUUCCAAAAUCGAGAUUUCGCUGAUGUUCAUCAGGACCUAAACAUUCCAGUACCCCCGCCAGCCGCCUCUCAAAAUGAACCACAAGCCAAGAGACCCAGAAUGGACUCCUCAGAGACCUCAAGUCACUCAAGCUUUGACGGGACUAAAGUGUAUGCGCUGCCCAACGGUUCCGUACCAUGUAACAAGCCUCUCAGCGACCUCAUACACCUUGUUAAACCACACAUUCGGGAGCUUGUUGAGGACUCCAAUUUGCUGAAAAUGUGGAUCUCCUUCAUGAUCCCGAAGAUCGAAGAUGGCAACAAUUUUGGCGUGUCAAUACAAGAGGACACGUUAGCGGAGAUCCAGUCGGUAGAAUCCGAGGCUGCGGCAUUCUUCGACCAGAUAUCGCGGUACUUCAUCUCCAGGGCGAAGAUAGUGUCCAAAGUGGCGAAGUAUCCACAUAUCGAUGACUACAGAAGAGCUGUUAGAGAACUCGACGAGAAGGAAUACCUUUCACUGUGGCUAGUGAUGUGCGAGAUCCGCAACCGCUACUGCUCGCUGCACGACAUCGUCAUCAAGAACUUGGAGAAGAUCAAGAAACCUCGCUCCUCCAACGCUGAGAGCCUGUACUAGGUGCACUUGAAGGCCUGCCGCGAAUAUCGAACUACUCCAAAUUUAUCUGUCUGUCUCUAUCACUCUGAAGGCUCAGUUUCAUUGGUAGAUAAGGACAAGAUUUCCAAAACAUGCUAUUGUGAGUUUCAUAGUCUUUAUACCGUAUGCUGUAGUAAGAUGUCGGCUCCUUAUCAUUUGUCACUAUGCCUGUCACGUUCUAACAAGUAGGUAAGUGAGAAAGUGACGGGAAUAGUGCGUUAAAAAUGGAAUGCUGCCACUGCUGUUCGAUUUAGUUAUCGACGAAUGAAACAGAGACAUCCAAACGAUAGAGAGGCAAAUAAUAGAACUAACGAAAGGUCGCGGUAGGCUCUUUGUUUUAUAUGAAGUUUUUGAUUAUUGAACAUUGUAAUGUUUUCUAUAGGGAUAUUGUGGGUAAAUCUGGCGUACGGGCACAGAAUAAAUAAUAGAACUACCGUACAGAAACGAAACUUCCUACAAAACCGAAGUUUGACAGCGAUUCAGGGCCGAAUCAUGUUGUAUCUUUCUAAUAUAUGGAACUAUUCCUUUCGACUUUUUAGGAUUGUCAAAAUUCAUAUAAUUAUCUGUAGUCUUGCUCGCAAAGUAACGUCAAAUUGUGCCAACCCUAAUAAUUGCUCGGAGCAAUGCUGAGCCGAACGGAGCCGACAAUGUCCGAACGCUCUAUACUCUAUCCCCCUUAUUCAUAACCGUCUACUAGCCGCUAAUAAUCGUUUGUCCCUUUCCGACGUAUUGGUAUAAUGGAAAGGGACAAACGAUUAUUAGUGGCUUGUUAACUUUAGUAGACGUUUAUGAAUAAGGGGGUAUAUCUUUAGGUAUUGAAAUAAAAGUAAACAGAGAAUUUGUACAUUUUCGGGUAGUUAUAACAUUUAUUAGUUAACCAACCAAAUACAAAACCGCCUGGAUCUGUCACUGAACCUGACUUUAACCUACAUGAUUUAAUUUAAUUUUAAUUUUUAAUUUAUUUAGAACAUUUAUUUAUUUGAUCAUGUAAUGUUUUCAUCUACCCUCAACUGGCAUAAGGAGCCAUUUGAGGGUAGAUUUUGUUUACUUUUAUAUAAAUACCUAAAGAUACAGAGUAUCGUUUCCUCCCCUGGUACAGGGGAGACAGGCCUUCUCAAAGACCUAUACACAUUGAUUAAUGAUGAUUGCGAGUUAAAUUUGCCACUAAACUAACGGCCAUCCACACUUUGCCGUAUGCCACUUACCCAUUUUGACCUUACUACGAUUUUUGACAACUCCAAAUAUAGUUACAAAAUAAGACGUGUUAUAGACAAAAAAAAUGGAAAUGUUUCAUGAACCCAAUAUUUACAAUAACAUACAUACAUAAUAGAUGUACACAAUAGGUAUGACUAUAACCACUAUGACGACCGGUUUGGCCUAGUGGGUAGUGACCCUGCCUACGAAGCUGAUGGUCCCGGGUUCAAAUCCUGGUAAGGGCAUUUAUUCGUGUGAUGAGCAUGGAUAUUUGUUCCUGAGUCAUGGGUGUUUUCUAUGUAUUUAAGUAUUUAUAAAUAUUUAUAUAUUAUAUAUAUCGUUGUCUAAGUACCCUCAACACAAGCCUUAUUGAGCUUACUGUGGGACUUGUCAAUUUGUGUAAUAAUGUCCUAUAGUAUUUAUUGCUUAUUUAAUUUGUCUAUGCCGGACUAAAUGCCAGACCAGAUAAAAAACUCAAUAAAUAUUAUAGGACAUUAAUUCACAUAUUGACGGUCCGACUCGAAGAAUGAGUUACGAUAACGAUAAGUUCUCAUUUAUUGACAUUAUAAAUUGACAGAAGCAGCUCGAUUCGGGCAACCACUUUGACGUUAGAAAUAUCGUAGAUAGAUCUUUUUGGGAUCACAGCGGAAUCGAAAUAAACGUCAAUUUUGACAUGUCGUUUAGUUAUCGAUCUUUUAAAGACCUUUUCAAGUCUUAAACGUGUCUUAAUCAUUCUUCGAAUCGGGCCGUGACUAAGUUCCACAGUAAGCUCAAGAAGGCUUGUGUUGUGGGUACUUAGACAACGAUAUAUAGGUAAUAUAAAUACAUAAAUACCUACAUAGAAAACACUCAAGACUCAGGAACAAAUGUGCUCAUCAAGCAAAUAAAUACCCGUACCGGAAUUCGAACCCAGGACCAUCGGCUUCACAGGCUGGGUCACUAUCCACUUGGCCAGACCGGUCAGUCGGUAUUUUAUUGCAAUAUUAUGAAUAUGAUAUGUAAGAAUUCAAAAAAUAACUGUCAAAUCGAAUUUAAACAUAACACUAAAACACUUCACUUAUUUUUUUAAUCACUUUCCUAUAGUGAGAGACGCAACAUGAAUAUUAAGGCUAAAAAUGCAAAGAGCUCAACGAGGGUGCGGAGAGUUAGGGUCGGCAACGCGCAUGUAACUCCUCUGGAGUUGCAGGCUUACAUAGGCUACAGAGACUGCUUACCAUCAGGCGGGCUGUAUGCUUGUUUGCCACCGACGUAGUAUAAAAAGUUCGUCAGAAAUGAGAUUUGCAAAAAUCGUACUGAAGAAAACAUUACAUGCUUUAAAAAAAGGUUAUAUAAAACCAUUUAGUCACUUAAUGUAACGAUGCGAGAUUGUCAAUCCAAUAUCAAGCAGUCUUAUUUUUUAUUCACUGAUUUGCCUUUCAGUACAAAUUGACAUUAUUUUUACUGCUCAAAACAAUACUUAACUUUACUGUAAUCAUAUAGUAAAAUUCUGCACAGUUUUGGUGAGAAGUCCAUACAAAAUUAUUGCAAAGAAUUCCCUUUGCAAUUAUUUUUGCAAAGAGUUCCUUUUGCAAUUAUCAAUCAAUCAAUCAAUCAAUAAGAAUUUAUUUCGAACAAUGUCCAUAUUGUGUUAGUAACAUACAAAUACUUAAAUCUAGGGUUAGUAUGACAAGAUAUUACUACAAAUUCCUACAUAAAGGGGCAUGUAGCUGCACCCAGUGCUUCAGCCACGGUGAGUCCCACCGGUCGGCCAACGUGCACAGGUGCAACGUGCAAUUAUGAUUGGAAAGACUUCCUUUUGCCAUUAUUAUUGCAGCGAAUUGCCUUUGCAAUUAUUAUUGCAAAGAGUUCCUUUUGCAAUUAUUAUUUCAACUAAUUCCCUUUGCAAUUAUUAUUGCAAAGAGUUCCUUUUGCAAUUAUUAUUGCAAAAAGUUCCCUUUGCAAUUAUGAUUGCAAAGGAUUACCUUUGUAUUAAUUUUGUAUGGGUUGCUCACCCAAAGUGUGCAGAAUUUUACUAUCUCUUUGUAGUUCUGCUGGGUGUAUCUCUUGAACUAUAGACAGUUAAAUUUUAAAAUAAGAAAAGAGGGCUCUAUACUUGAACUUUUCGACGGUUUUCUGUGUUGUAUGAGAGCAACCAUCAAUUGGCUGUUUUUUUUUUGCAACAGAACAAUUAUAAAUUGCUUUAAUAACGAACCCUCCAUCAGACACAGAUAUAUUAAAUAUAUUAAAACGGUUCACUGACGUAUGUGACUCGAUUUCUGACGCAGACGCUUGCACCCGUUGAAGAAGCUCCUCGUUAAGGAGCGAAAUUUGUUGAGCAAUCUUCGACUUCAAAAUACGUGGGCGAUCCGUUUUAUUACAUUUAAUAUAAUUUUAAAUUGUAUUUACAAAACACAUUUAUUGAAUAUAAAUAGAUUAAAGAAAUUACUGACUUAUCUUAAUUCUUGAAGUACGCCAAUGGUCAAUCUAAGCUAAUUCUGCACCUGUUUGCCAAGCGACAGUGUGUGAGCCACUUUAACCUCUGGCGUCCCACCAUCCUAAUACUAGUACAAAUUACCUCCGAUGAAAUUUGAAUCAUACCUUUUGAAUGCCAAGAACACCUAAAGUCAUCACUCUGUAUCAGGUUUAAACAAAAGUAAACAAUUUGUACAUUUUCGGGUAGUUAUAACAUUUAUUGGUUAACCAACCAAAUACAAAACCGCCUGGAUCUGUCACUGAACGACAUGACUUUAACCUACAUUAUUUGAUCAUGUAAUGUUUUCAUCUACCCUCAACUGGCUUAAGGAACAAUUUGAGGGUAGAUUUUGUUUACUUUUAUUUAAAUACCUAAAUAUACAAGCGCUGGUGGCCUAGUGGUAAGAGCGUGCGACUUGCAAUCCGGAGGUCGCGGGUUCAAACCCCGGCUCGUACCAAUGAGUUUUUCGGAACUUAUGAACAAAGUAUAAUUUUGAUAUUUACCAGUCGCUUUUCGGUGAAGGAAAACAUCGUGAGAAAACCGGACUAAUCCCAACAAGGCCUAGUUUACCCUCUGGGUUGGAAGGGCAGAUGGCAGUCGCUUUCGUAAAAACUAGUGCCUACGCCAAAUCUUGGGAUUAGUUGUCAAGCGGACCCCAGGCUCCCAUGAGCCGUGGCAAAAUGCCGGGACAACGCGAGGAUGAAGAAGACCUAAAGAUACAGAGUAUAAUCGCGCCCACAGCGCAAAGAACAACUUUGUGUUAUGGCGGACGCUGUCAAAGUAACCUUCACACUUUCAAGUAAGGAUUUAGCUUACGCCCGGGACCUUGGCGUGUAACUGUCGUUUUUGUUUAAGGCGUAAAACGUUCAAAAGUUUUUAAAACGAAACAAAUUCAAUUAUAUUUUCUUAUACAAUUGAUUCAAAUUUGGCUUUACUUAGAAUUAAACGUCAAAUUUGUAUGAAAGAUGUUCAUUGUUGUAAUUCCAAACUUUGCCGUUAUAAAAUCGAUGCAGGAUUAGCUUAGACGGAUUCUAAGUAUUGCAAUUAAUGUAAUUUACUAUGUAUAUAUUUUAAUUGUACCAGAGUGAGUAAAAAAUAGAUGCUUGUGGUACAGUAGUAAAAUGGGACGAAUCUUCUGUAUUAAGAUUAGUAUUUUUCAUGCCUCGUACCCAUCGGUAUGACUGCUAUAGGCCUAUUAAAUACUUGUACCUCUCUAAAAAUUGAGUACCAUAAAACUACACAACUAUAGUCCAAUACUGCAACUAUGGUCCACAAGUUCGAAAGGAAAUUAAGUAUCUAUACCAAUGUUCCUUGUGGUUUACUCCUAGUUUUACCUUCCAUUUAUAAACAUACUUUGCCUUAGAACUACAAAAAUAUAGUAAAAUACACACCUGAAUGAGAAAAAUUGAGUUUAUUUGUGGACCAUAGUUGGGAGCUUUGGACUAUAGUUGGGGGGUUUUACGGUACCUAAAGUUAAGUAGCAUUUAUUGUAAAAUCUAAAUAACUACGUAUGUUAUUUUUAGAUCUAUUUUGGGAAAAUACGCUGGAACUCCUAGAGAUACUUAGCUAUUUAUUUUGAUCUGCUGAGAAAAAUGUCUAAAGGUAAAAACUGUGCGUUAGAUUUGAAUUAGACUAAAUGCCAUCGUCUACACUGAAAUACCGAUUUUCUGUUUUCCAUUAGGCAUUUUUCACUGAGGUUUGUUUUUUAAUAUAAACAUCAAGUUGUAGGGCAUCUUUAGGACUUUCAUUAAUAAGUAUACAUUGGCGGUUUAGCCACGUGGCAAAUGUAGAAAAUGCUAUGGUCCCACGUAUGCCUCGACGGAUAUAUCAAUUCGUGGAUUCGUCUCAUUGUCGGACUCGGUUUCACUUCGUCCGACAUAAUUAAAUCAUUGUACGUUAAACUGGCUACGAACUUCGUACGUAGUUAUUUUAAUUUUCCAAUUUUGCUACACUUUUAAGACACUAAAUUGCAUCUUCACAAACCUCCAUACCAUACAUUCGAACCAUCACCUAUUCUAUAAGUUGAAACGUACCGACGACAUCAAAUAUAUGUAUACAUUUUUCACCUUAUUUCAACUAGUUAAAGCUCAAAAUUGUAUACAUAUUUUUGAAGUCAAAUUUUCGAUUUUCAUUUGAAGUGCCUGUGUUAUAAGGGAUUGUAGACAUCCGAGCACUGACGUGAUAUGUCGAGCCAAUAGUCUCAUUAAUUUAAAUAUGUACCCAAUACCAAUAAUUAUAAUACAUUUCUAAAUAUGUA